CUCCACCUCCACCCUCCUCAUCCCUCCAUCCAUCCCUCUCUGCACUCUCAGCUCUCUCUUUUCCUUCUGAGUGGAUUUUUUUUCGGGGCAGUGCACAUAGGCCCCCCUCCACCCCCACCUCCCCCCUCUUUCCUCUCGGACAGCUUUGCUCCACCAGUUCUGCACUGUGCCGGCCUGGAGAGGAGUAAGAGAGCGGAAAGAGGAGCGAGAAGAGAGGAUUUGGUGAACCGAGGACAGACAGACAGGGGAGAGGGACCAUGGCUGCUCUCUCUGCCUUGCUGAAGACCUGGGUAAUACUGCAGACCUUGUGCCUGGCUCUGGCCCAAGUGAGGGGUCCACCUGGACCUCAGGGACAGCCCGGCCCACCAGGCCCCUCUGGCACCCCUGGAUCAGACGGCAUUGAUGGAGAUAAAGGACCUCCUGGGCCCCCUGGUCCACCAGGACAAAAGGGAGAGCCGGGAGAGCCAGGUCCUGAUGGAGUGCCAGGAGAGAAUGGGAUUGAUGGUUUGAUUGGAGCAAAGGGUGAUCGAGGUCCUGUUGGGAGCCCUGGCCCUAAGGGUCAACCUGGACCAACUGGUGAACCUGGAGCGCCUGGACCCGGCCUUCCAGGACUGUCUGGAAUUCCAGGGCCGAUUGGGCUUCCAGGUGAAAUUGGAGAAACUGGACCAAAGGGUGUCAUGGGAUCACCUGGACCUCCAGGACUUCCUGGACCUCCUGGCAAGCCAGGUCCUCCAGGGAAGUUUAUUGGCGGAGAGGAAGGCAGUGCAGACUUCCAGUGUCCUCUUAACUGUCCAGCAGGACCUAAAGGCCCACAGGGACUGCAAGGAGUCAAGGGACACAAAGGACGUGCUGGUAUUCUCGGUGACCCCGGCAGCAUUGGAAAGACGGGUACCAAGGGAGAAGUGGGCAUCUCUGGGGAACAGGGUAUCCCAGGACCUUCGGGUCCAAUGGGUCUGAGGGGUUACCCAGGAAUGAUGGGUCCUAAAGGGGAAGCAGGGCCUCGUGGUUACAAGGGCAUCAACGGACCUGUAGGACUUCCUGGGCCCCCUGGUGAGGAAGGACCUCAGGGACCACCUGGAGAGGCAGGAGACAAGGGAGACAAAGGCAGCCGAGGUAUCCCUGGCCCACAGGGUGCGGUUGGCAAAAAGGGAGAGAAUGGUCUGCCGGGUAUUGAUGGAAAAGAUGGCACACCUGGUAUUCCUGGAAUCAAGGGCGGCCCUGGCCAGGCUGGGAUGCCUGGUCCUCCUGGUCCUCAGGGAGCAGCGGGAUUGCCUGGAAGUCCUGGGGCAAAGGGAGGACCUGGAGUUAAGGGCGAGCCUGGACCUAGGGGCCAUGUUGGUAUGCAAGGUGCCUCCGGACCACUGGGUGAGCCUGGUCUUCCUGGCGAGGCUGGUAUGGAAGGUGUUCCUGGACCCAAGGGUGACAGAGGCCAGCGUGGAGAAGCUGGGCCACAGGGAAUAGUCGGCAAGCCUGGAAACAAAGGAGUGAGAGGACCAAUAGGUGUUCCAGGUGCACAGGGUCUUAGUGGAACCAAGGGAGACAAGGGCUUCCAAGGAAAAGUUGGGUCAAAGGGAGACGUUGGUGACCCCGGUGUUGAAGGAUUGGCUGGGGAGAAAGGUGAAAAGGGUUUGUCUGGUGAACCCGGGCCCAAAGGACAGCAAGGAAUCAGGGGUGACCAAGGAUACAAUGGACCCACAGGAGACCCUGGUAAACCCGGAGACCAGGGACCACCAGGAUUGCCCGGUCCUAGGGGACUCAAUGGAGAGCGAGGAGUUCCUGGCAUGCCAGGCAUUCAGGGAUCAUCAGGACGUGAUGCAUCCGACCAGCAUAUUAUUGAAGUGGUUUUGAAGAUGUUGCAGGAGAGGCUUGCAGCAGUAGCGGUGAGCGCCAAGAGGGCUGUGCUUGGUGGAGCAGGUGUAAUGGGUCCUCCUGGGCCUCCUGGACCUCCGGGUUCUCCUGGUCCUCAAGGGCCACAUGGCUUACCUGGUGCCCGUGGCAUUCCUGGCAUAAUUGGAGGACCUGGACAGAUUGGAAACACAGGACUUAAAGGAAAGAGAGGGCCAAAGGGAGAAAGAGGAGAUCCCGGUAAACCCCAUCCAGGACAACCAGGACCCCCAGGAAUACCAGGUCCUCCUGGUAUUGAUGGCGUGGCUCGGGACGGUAGGCCUGGCGAGAGAGGACCUCAGGGAUCAGCCGGAGAGGCCGGUUACCCCGGUAAGGCAGGUCCGGCAGGUCUCCCAGGCUUCUGCGAGACGGCAAUGUGUCUGGCUGCAUCAGCGUACACCUCCCCGAGACUACAGGAGGCGGGAAGAAUCAAAGGACCAAAUGUUUAGAGACCCGUCUCUCCGUCAUCAGCUCACAACACCUGGGAGAGAGGGGAGGAGAGAGAAAGAGAAAAAAGGAAGAGAGGCCGCUCUUCUCAGUAGGACAACAUCGAGAACGAGGGGUGGGGAACAAUAAUAGUGACUGGGUGUAUAGCGCCCCCUCCUGAAACUGACAACCUGAAGUUUUGACUGGUGGGACGUAGUCUUGAUCUUAAUCCCCCCACAUCACCAUGACAACAGCAGCUCACAGCCACCUACAUCCUUCUGAAUCCUCUAGUGUUUUUGGAUGAUGUCACUGUCAGUCCCAUCCAAAUAUCCCAGCCCUGUUCCAGCAGUGAAAGAGGAACAGAUUUAUAUUACAUCCCCUUGUCUUCCACCACCACAGUAUCUAAGAGCUGAGAGGAGCUGAAAAGGUGGUGCGGUGAAAGGUGCAUUUCUUUUACACCAUGGUCACUUUAAUUUACGUAUGUAAUAUGAGAUGUGUUUUAAUGUUUUAAUGCCCCGCCUCUCUUGCAACGUCACACCUGAUGCCUUAAAAGUGUACAAAAAGGACCAAUAAAUAACUGAAGCCUAAAUUUACACUCCGUACUGUACUGUAUUGUAAAAUGUAGUUCUUUUUUUUGUUUUUUUUCAUCUGUAAGCUCCAGUGAAACCCCCGAUUUACCUCAUAUGUACAUUGCCCCCCUCCCCUCCCAUUCUACCCAAGUCUCAUUUUAGAAACUAACGACUAGCUUUAUCUCUUCCUCUUGUUGCCUGGCAACAGCAUAUCCCGAUGGGCACUCCCAUCUCCCACAAUGCAGUGCUGUAAAUCUUUGUAAAUGUGUGUUGAUUAUUAUGUAGAGAAAAAGAAAUGGGUUACGAUAUGCACCAACAAAAAUCCUGUGUUAAUGAAUUCAGUGAGUAAUAAAAAGUUCCUUCAGAUAUAACGACUUUUGCUCAAAACGAAUCAGUCCGAAUGUGCUUCCUAUGCCACUGUCAACUUUCCACAGGGUGUCAGCGAUUUAAUGACUGAUUUAUUUUCAUCAACAGAAAUUAUUUAUUGUUCUUUAUAUAAUCAUCUGUAAAGAGGGUUUUUUUUUCUGGCUGUUCAGGUCAACCCAAACCAAUAAAGAGGAACCUUUUAUAAAACAUAAUGUUCUUCUGUAUCAUGUGGGGAAUGGAAAUGAGUCUGACCUUUUUCAGCUCCUUUUCCUUUCAUUUCUCUUUCUUCCAAUAGUAUAAUAGUAUCAUUUUUUACAUGUAAAUAAAUAAACUCCCAUGAGUCCAAAGCCGAUGCUUAGCUUUUGUUAACAUUCUUGCACCACCAAGGCCAAAGGUUCCCACCAUACUACAAUACUAUACUAGGAUAUACAGUAUAAUUUACCAAUUGCACGUUUUUCUGCAAUGAAAAAUAACCACACUCGUACAGUUCUGCUUUUAAAAAUGUAUGUCUUUUUCUCAAAUGUUUCAUAAUAUAACAUAAGUAAGCACAUGAAGGGAGGACAGUAAAUAAACAUAUAUACAGGCUGGAGGGUUGAUGGACAUGACUGAUUGAUUCCUGACUUGGCCUACUAGGCAUGAGCUCUGGGGAAACCCUGGGCCAGAGCCUCUGAAGUGACUUGUUGGAGAGAUAAACACCAUAAAGAGACAUAUAAAAUGAAUAUGACACAGCAACUACAGACAUCCAAAACUAUAAAAAGAGGCAAAAACAACCACAACCACAACCUCUCUGCUCCGCUGAGGUGGGAGGCUUUUAUAUACCUGUGUCCAGGAGCCUAUUGUCUCAUAAUCGGACCCUGUAUGGACGACAUUAUUUGAAUAUUGUUUGAUACAUCACAUGGUGAAAAUGAUAACCACAUGAUACAACGUCUUUGAAAAGCAAUUUAAUGUUGAACAUUUCCACCAUGGCUCUGAUUAAACUACGGAGAAGGUAAGAAAUGGUAGUGAUUUGAAACUCCAUAGACUUCCUUAAAAUGAUUAAAAAACAACAACCCCAAAAUACAGUACUGUGAACAUUAUAUAAGACAUUUGUGAUGCUUUUCAUAAUAUUUUCUUAAUCUAUGUGUGACUGUGAGGGCUUCGUGGCCUUACUCAGUGUGUUUCUUUACAGUACCUGUGGCGAACAGGCUGAAUUAUUGCUCAUAUUUUCUCAAACAAAUGCCUGGUGAAGCAGACAGAUGGUUAUUACAACUACUUUGGAAUACAAAAUGAGAUGAGAUGCUUUUAAAUGGGUGUAUUUCUCAAACGACUGGAGUUAAGAUGACACAAAAUUAACUUUAACAACAUAAUAACAAAAGCCAAUAUGCCUUCUUUUGUAAACGCAGUUUUCUUCUAUAAAUAAUGUCUUUUACUGAACGCAUCAUUCCAUUUUGAAAGCUUAUACACCUUAGAAAAAAAGUACCCCUUUGGCAUUUUUGGUUGCUUUAAAUCCAUUGACAAUGAAACAUUAGUGGCUAGCCAUGCGUACGCCUUUUAUCAAAUCCAUUGAAAAAGUAUAAAAAGCCACUAUAUAUAAAUAUAAAUAUAUACAAAACAGUCAAUCCAUCAAAGAGGGGAUGAAUGAAGUAUUUGUGACAUCUGUUCCUACAGAACUGAAAUACAUUUCUCUGGAUAUUCUCUCACAAGUCAAAUUCCAAUAUGUAUCACACCCUAAAUACAGACAUUAGAAAUGUAUGGGAUGUGCUCCAAAUGUGAUUCUGUGUGAAAAGAAAAAAAGGCGAAAGCAAAGUGCUACAAUAAUUGUGUGUAUUCUCUUCCUACAGAUUUAGGUGUAGAAAAUGAAAAAAAGAGAAGAAAACAGAAGAGGCCAGAAUUAAUCAAGGAGAAAAAAAUACAGUUUGUGAUUCUUGUCACCUCCCCUGGGUUGUUUGAAAAUGUACAAAAGGAGUGAAACAGAAAAAGAGAGAGGCGAGACCAAAAUAAAAGGCAGUAAUAUAGCAAUGAAUCGGCAUUCAUAGGG